AUGUUCUCUAAACCACCGGAUCCUCCGGGCCUCCUCGGGACGACGCUCUUCGCCCUCGCCGUCCUCGCAACUUCAACCUCCGCAUCGUCGUCCCCAUCCACAUCCGCAAAUUGCGACCCUUCAACCUUUACAUUCCCCCUCAUCCCCGGCCUCCAACACAUCAAAACCACAGCAUUGCAAGUCCACAACUACACCUCCUUCCCAAACCGCCUCUCCGAAGCCUCCCUCGCGACAACAUCCGCCUCCACAACCGGUAUCCCCCCCUUCUGCAACGUCACAGUCUCCUACACCCACCCAGGCCACGAUGACCUCGUCAACGUACACGUCUGGCUUCCCCUCGAAAAGAGCGCGUGGAACGAGCGGCUCAUGGGGCUGGGUGGCGGCGGGUUCGUCGUCGGGGAGGUAGAUGGCGAUGGACCGAGUGCCGCACUCCAAGAAGGGUAUGUUGCGGCUGUCACAGACGGCGGACAUCUCGCGAGUACACCGCCCGGCGUAUGGGCGUUACGAAGCCCGGGGAACAUUGAUUGGCCGCUGCUUGUCAACUUUGGAUACAGGAGUCUGCACGAGCUCGCUGUCGUGGGCAAGGCCGUGUUGAGGACGUACUAUGACGCUGAGGAGAGGUAUAGCUACUUCAAGGGGUGUUCGACGGGUGGGAGGCAGGGGUUAGCUGUUGCGCAGCGGUUCCCGGGGGACUUUGACGGGGUGUUGAGCGUUUGUCCUGCGGUGGAGUUUCCUGCUAUGGUGACGUCGUUGUAUUUCCCGCAGUUGGUUAUGCGGUGGAGGGGGUAUUGGCCUUCUGGGUGCGAGUUGGGGGAGAUUGUGAGGGCUGGGGUUAAGAUGUGUGACUUGGGUGAUGGGAAGAGGGAUGGGGUUAUUGGAAGGUUGGGGGAGUGUGGGUUUGAUGUGAGGACGGCGGAGGAGAGGGAGUUUAGUUGUGAGGGCGAGAACGGGAGGAAGAUCGAGGGGAGGGUGUCGAGGGAGGCGGUUGAGGUUGUCGAGGAGGUUGUGAGGGGGGUUUUGGAUGAGGAGGGGAGGGAGAUGUUUCCGAGUUAUGUUCCUGGGACGCAGUUUGCGGGCUUGCUUGCUAUGAUGAAUAGUGUCUGCGAGGACGAGACGGAUCGAACGCGGUGUACAGGUGUGCCGUUCUCCGUGACGGAUGAAUGGAUCCGGCUCUUUAUCGAGAAGGAUCCGGCGUUUGAUCCGACAUCGAUGUCGAGGGAGACUUUCCGGGACGUCUUCCGGCGGGGAGUUGAGGAGUAUGACUCCGUCAUUGGGACGCCUAUCCCGGAUAUGAGACGAUUCAGGGAGCGUGGGGGAAAGGUGCUCAUGUGGCACGGCAUGGCGGACCAGGCUAUUUCUAUCAAGAUCGGACGAGGGUUGUAUGAGAAGGCCAAGGGGAUCGAGGCGAAGCGUGGGGUUGAGAUUGAGGAGUUUUGGAGGUAUUUUGAGGUUCCUGGGGUGAAUCACUGUGUUUCGAUGUACGGGGCGCCGUUCCCGUGGAGCGCAUUGGAGAAGUUGAGGGCGUGGGUUGAGGAUGGGCAUGCGCCGGAGCAGUUGGAUGCGAGGGGGUUCAAGAUUGGGGAGAAUGGCAAGGUGUUUAUUGACGAGGAAGUUAAAAGGAUUUGUCUUUAUCCCGAAGAAGGGGUCUGGGAUGGGAAAAGGUGGGUUUGUGUGAAGCCCGGAGAGAAGGCUGAGGCGAUUCAGGAGAAGGAGGAACUUUGA